AUGUCGAAUCAGGAGCUUCUUCCAAUCGAUGUCUCGGGGGACGUGGGAGCUAGAAUCCUGAGUGUCGAUGGAGGAGGAGUACGGGGUCUUAUUCCUGUGCAAUUGCUCAAAUUCUUAGAGCACCAGUUGCAGAAAUUGGAUGGGGAAGAUGCCAGACUAGCAGAUUAUUUCAAUAUAAUGGCAGGUACCAGCACUGGAGGUCUCAUCACCACAAUGUUAGCCACUAUAGACCCGAAUGACCACAAACACAAUCGUCCUUUUAGUACCCAGAAAAUUGAAGAUUUCUACUUGAAGAAUGCGAGUUUGAUAUUUCCUCAACCAAGCAAAUGGAAUAUUUUUCACGGCAUUUUUGGUCCCAAAUACAAUGGCAAACAUCUGGUCGAUAUCUUAGAACAAGAGAAAUUUCACGAAAGACGGCUGUGUGAUACGGCUACUAACCUGGUGAUACCCACCUUCGAUAUCAAGACGCAGUUUCCUACAAUUUUCGCCAGUCAUGAGGCGAAAGUAGAUCCGCUGAAGAAUCCACAUCUAAUGGACGUAUGCCUCUCCACAACUGCAGCUCCUACCUAUUUUCUAUCUCACCAGUUUACAACAAAUUCCAGUGACGGAAAGACCCAAGUUUUUAACUUAGUAGAUGGAGGAGUAGCGGCUAAUAAUCCUACCUUGAUAGCAAUGAACUUAGUCACUCGAGCAGUUCAUCAGGAUACAAGAAUAGUCGACAAAAAGGAAUGGCAACUAAAAGGAAGCGAAGAAAAGAUGGACCUCAGUACGGACGAGAACCUGAGGAAUCUUGUGAAGAAAGGCCAGGAACUAUUGGAUAAGCCUGUUAGAAGUUUAAAUUUGGAGACUGGGCGUCCUGAGACAGUGAAGAACGACUACACAAACAGGAUGGCAUUGACUAAGUAUCUCCCAUAA